CGCCCGGCGCCGCCCAUGGCCGAGGCCCCCGCCCGCCGCCUCGGCCGGGCCCCCCCGACCGGGGACGCCCCCCGCGCCGAGCUGGUGGCGCUCACGGCCGUGCGGAGCGAGCGCGGCGAGGCGGGCGGGGGCGGCUCCCCGCGCCGCCUGGGCCUCCUGGGCAGCCCCCUGCCGCCGGGCGCACCCCUCCCGGGGCCGGGGCCGGGGCCGGGCUCCGCCUGCGGCCAGCGCUCCUCGGCCGCGCACAAGCGCUACCGCCGCCUGCAGAACUGGGUCUACAACGUGCUGGAGCGACCCCGCGGCUGGGCCUUCGUCUACCACGUCUUCAUAUUUUUGCUCGUCUUCAGCUGCCUGGUGCUGUCCGUGCUGUCUACUAUCCAGGAGCACCAGGAACUUGCCAACGAGUGUCUCCUCAUCUUGGAAUUCGUGAUGAUCGUGGUGUUUGGCCUGGAGUACAUCGUCCGUGUCUGGUCUGCUGGAUGCUGCUGCCGCUACCGAGGAUGGCAGGGCCGCUUCCGUUUUGCCAGAAAACCCUUCUGUGUCAUCGACUUCAUCGUGUUCGUGGCCUCGGUGGCCGUCAUCGCCGCGGGUACGCAGGGCAACAUCUUUGCCACGUCUGCGCUGCGCAGCAUGCGCUUCCUGCAGAUCCUGCGCAUGGUGCGCAUGGACCGCCGCGGCGGCACCUGGAAGCUGCUGGGUUCGGUGGUCUACGCGCACAGCAAGGAGCUGAUCACCGCCUGGUACAUCGGGUUCCUGGUGCUCAUCUUUGCCUCCUUCCUGGUCUAUCUGGCUGAAAAGGACGCCAACUCCGACUUCUCCUCCUACGCCGACUCACUCUGGUGGGGGACGAUUACACUGACGACCAUCGGCUAUGGUGACAAGACGCCACACACCUGGCUGGGCAGGGUCCUGGCUGCUGGCUUUGCCUUACUGGGCAUCUCCUUCUUUGCCUUGCCUGCUGGCAUCCUUGGCUCUGGCUUUGCCCUGAAGGUGCAGGAGCAGCACCGGCAGAAACAUUUCGAGAAGCGGAGGAUGCCAGCAGCCAACCUUAUCCAGGCUGCGUGGCGCCUGUACUCCACCGACACGAGCCGAGCCUACCUGACGGCCACCUGGUACUACUAUGACAGCAUCCUCCCGUCCUUCAGAGAGCUGGCCCUCUUGUUUGAGCACGUGCAACGGGCCCGCAACGGGGGCCUGCGGCCCCUGGAGGUGCGGCGGGCGCCGGUACCUGAUGGAGCGCCCUCCCGUUACCCGCCCGUUGCCACCUGCCAUCGGCCGGGCAGCGCCUCCUUCUGCCCUGGGGAAAGCUGGAGAGAGGAGGAGGCCGCUGGCCACAGGUGCUUACGGCUCAGCAGCCGGAUGGGCAUCAAAGACCGCAUCCGCAUGGGCAGCUCCCAGCGGCGGACAGGCCCCUCUAAGCAGCACCUGGCACCUCCGCCGAUGCCCGCUUCCCCGAGCAGCGAGCAGGUGGGGGAGGCCAGCAGCCCCACCAAGGUGCAGAAGAGCUGGAGCUUCAACGACCGCACCCGCUUCCGGGCCUCUCUGAGACUCAAACCCCGCACCUCUGCUGAGGAGGGCCCCUCAGAGGAAGCGGCGGAGGAGAAGAGCUACCAGAGCGAACUCACGGUGGACGAUGUUAUGCCUGCUGUGAAGACGGUCAUCCGCUCCGUCAGGAUCCUCAAGUUCCUGGUGGCCAAAAGGAAAUUCAAGGAGACGCUGCGACCCUACGACGUGAAGGACGUCAUUGAGCAGUACUCGGCAGGGCACCUGGACAUGCUGGGCCGGAUCAAGAGCCUGCAGGCUCGGGUGGACCAGAUUGUGGGCCGGGGUCCCGGGGACCGGAAGGCCAGGGAGAAGAGCGACAAAGGGCCCUCCGACAUGGAGGCGGUGGAUGAAAUCAGUAUGAUGGGACGCGUGGUCAAGGUGGAGAAGCAGGUGCAGUCCAUCGAGCACAAGCUGGACCUGCUGCUGGGCUUCUACUCGCGCUGCCUGCGCCCUGGCACUUCGGCCAGCCUGGGCGCCGUGCAAGUGCCGCUCUUCGACCCGGACACCACCUCCGACUACCACAGCCCCGUGGACCACGAGGACCUCUCCGUCUCCGCACAGACGCUCAGCAUCUCCCGCUCGGUCAGCACCAACAUGGACUGAGGCGCUUCUCGGGGGCGGGGAAGCACACGGCCAGCCCCGGGGCCUGCCGCUCGGACUCGCCCUCUGAGGCCUCUGGACUCCUCUCUUACUUGAACUCGCUCCCUCGUGGGAGAGAGGCCACACGCAGUGUUGAGCUGCCUGGGUGGGCGAGAUCCCCGAUGUGGGUGCCAGCGACCCACCCCACCUCAGGAGCCUGAGAUGCCAGGCCGCACGGAGGGCAGCAGCGGCGCUGUCCCGCGGCCUCUAGGCCCCGCAGUGCCCCGCCUGUUCCACCAAGGCCCGACAUGGCCUGCCUGGCAGGGGCACUACCCCGGGAGUGGGAGCAAGGCGCUGGGGCCCUGGGCCCUGACCCCGCUUCCAGCUAUGCAAGGUGAGGUCUUUGGCCCGCCCUUCACCCUUCGGACAGAGCAGGGAAGCCCUCCCGCCAAGUCCCUGCCCCUCUUGGGGGCGGGCCCAAGGUGCCCACACAGGUACCCACAAGCACAGGACCCUGCCCCAAGGCAGGUGGGCACCAUAUAUGCAAACUAUGUUAAAUAUGCAACUUUGGGGACCCCCAUGGGGUCCCUCUGCCCCUCUCCCGCUGGGAGAAGGGGCCCCAGCAGUAGCUGGUCUCAGGCUGCUUGGCCAUGACCCCAUCCGCGUUCUUUGGCUUAUCACCCCCUCCCCUUCCAGCAUGGGGCCUGCGUCCCCCCCGCCUCCCCAGGGGCAGUGCCUGGGCCUUUCUUCCCAUUAGCAGGUGUCCUCUCCCAGGGGCUCCCUCUUCCUGGCAGAGGUUCCCCCUCCUCUGACCCUAGACACCCCGGCAGCACAGGUCUCUGUACUCUCCCACCCCACGGACCAUGUUCCCCCGGUCACACAAACAUGUCCCUCCAGGCAUGCAGGAAGUCCCUCACACUCACGCGGACACACACAAUCACUCACACUUGGAGACUUGAGCACAGAGCCCCUCAGCCUCUCCUGGGCCUUGGCCGCUGAUGCCAGUGGACUGGCCUUGCAGGGCGAGGUCAGCUACAAGGAGCCCCCCACACCAUCCGGGUAGGAGAGGGAGCUCGGAUGGGACCCCAGGUGUCUCCAGGCCCCAGCCCAGAACUUUACCAGCUCUCCUUUCUCGAGAAGAUCGACUCCUCACGGGUCCAGGAGCCCUAACUGCUGCCUCUGCCUGCCCCCGAGGGCCCUGCUGGGCGUCCCCACAGCACAACUCAGGCCUAGGCCUCUGGGGCCUGGACAACACUGGAAAGACCCCAGACCCUUCCCCAGGGUGGUUAGCGGGCCCGCUUCUCUCCAGGCUUGCCCUCUUUCCAGUCACUCCAACUAACAACCAGAGAGAAUAAUAACGCAUCCCGCAAGUCCCGCUUGUCAGGCACCACCUGCGCGUGUGGCGCUCACAUGCACUCUUUCCCUCCUCCCACACCCCACUCUGCACUUCAGUUGGCAGCCCCCUGACCACAGAAGCCCCUGUCCACUCCAGGCCCCCAGCACCUCUUCGGCCUCCCUACGCCUCUGUUGCUCUUCUGCAAAGCCAAGGCAGGUGGCCGGAGGGGGAUGGGUAGUGGACCAAGGGCCACCCUUUGUGGGGUGCCAGAGAAUAAGGGGCUCAGGCCCAGCUGCCUGCAUCUCAUGACUGGGGACCUGCAUGCACCCGUGCCAGGGCUGGGGUUGGAUCUUGCUCAGCCCCACGGUGCCCAGCCUCUGCCUCCACAUGCCCUCUGCAUGUGACCAUCAUGCCCUGGAUGGAGCCUGUCCUGGCUCACGUCACCUGCACCGCACUGUCCCCCGAGAGCCACGCCUCCGCCCCCGAGGGACAGAGCUGUGGAGAGGGCGGGGAUGGGAUCAUCCUGUGACCAAAGGACCCUUGGCAGAAGCCCUCCCCCUUCCAGGACCCAGGCUUCCCACCCGGUUCUCGGAUAUGCAAGUACCUCACUUUGUUAACUUAUUAACUUAUUGAUUUCAUUAAAGUUUUCAGUAGGAG